ACAGCCCCGCCCCUCGCUGAACGGAGGCCGCUCGUGAGAGUUUGAGCUCGAGCGCCGUCCGGUUCACUGACACCUGGAAUAAAGCGCGCGGAUGCACCUGCAGUUACCGAUCAUGGCACUUGUGUUGUCGCCCUGCGUGCCCGUCCUCUCAUCUCACUCUGGCGGUGUCCGUGUCCAACUAUCACCCUCCGCGUGUCACUGAGAGGAACCAUGCUGUCGGGCAGCUGGCGCCGUGGAACCGUCAUCCCGUCCGUGAGCAGCCCGGGCGCGGGUAAAAGCGGGUCGGGGUCCAGGCUGGGCAGUACUGUGAUUCUGGAGGCUCAGUAUGAUUACUCGUACCGCGCCGCCGACGGCCGGCUGGUUUCCAUACACGAGGGCGAGCGCUUUCUGCUGCUGAAGAAGACGAAUGCGGACUGGUGGCAGGCGCGGAAGAUCGGGGUCGGAGCGAAGGUCAAACCCAUAUAUGUGCCGGCGACGUACGUCAUCGAGCUGCCCGUCAGCCAGUUCCGCCCCGCGCUGUCGUCCAGCCAAUCAGCAUGUGAGAGUUUCAAGAUGAUUCCACGAGGUUCCCUCACACCCUGUAUGCAAACGCACGGCUCAGUGCCUGAUAAGCAGUUCUGUCGUUCCAUGGAGAAUCUCAACUGCAGCAGUGCCUUGAUGGACAAACACUCCGGCGGAGUCUCAGCGCGAGGACGUUUCCCGACGUUACCCCUCUCCGGUUCCUCCGCCUCGCCCUCGGGUCACCUCUCGGUUCCGGCCGGCUUUUUGAGUCCCGGGGUCCCGAUCGCCCGCAGCCAAAGCUCCAGCAACCUGCCCCAAAACCCGUACCAGGACCCGAACCGGCCCAACCCGGGCCCGAGCAGCCCGACCAAAUCCUACAGCCAGUGGGACGUGAACGCGGCCACACGCAGACACACGCAGGGACACAUACAGAUCUCAUCCUCCGCCUACAUUUCCCAGAGUUCUCUGUCAGAGCAGGGGAAGCGGCAGUGGGCGGAGCCUCCCAGGCCGUUGCCAGGUCAACGGCCCCUGCAGACGCUGCAGCUGUGGGACCAGUACCGUGAUCCCGGCACCGGACGCUGUUACUACGUCAACACCGUUACCGGGGAGCGCUCGUGGAAACCUCCGCGUAGAGCCCGAGAGAGCAACACCAGCGAAAAGGUCGGGGUGGUUCAGCGUGACAUCAGACACCUGUCGCUCCCAUUACAGAACUCAGGAAGCAGCUCAAUGCACAGGCUCUCGCCUGACCUCACCUACAUUACCCAUGAUGCCAACGGCUGGCAGCUGAGUCAGAGCAUGCAGCGCGCGGCGUCUUCUGACACACUCAGCUCCGCCUCCAGCGCGUUCGAGGAUGCUCAUAGGAGGAACUCCGGCUUAGCAGGGGGCGUGGCACAUGUGGGCCACUCCUACUCCAUGUUGCUGCCCUCAGAGGCACAGAGAAACCCUGCAAAUGGCAAGUCAGAUUACAGGCUGGUGGUGGAACCUCCUUCAUCUGACAGCUCACCAGACAGUGAGGGAGUCACACCGGAACUAGAAAAGGCCGGUCUGCUGAACAAAACCAAGAUAGCAGAAGGAGGCAGGAAACUGAGGAAAAACUGGAACCCGUCAUGGGUGGUGCUGGUGGGAAACAGUCUCGUCUUCUUCAAAGACCCCAAAAGCCAAAAUCCUGACAGCUGGAAACCGGGGAACAGCCGUCCGGAGAGCAGCGUGGAUCUGAGAGGAGCUCAGCUUCAAUGGGCCAACGACCUGUCCAGCAAAAAAAACGUCUUCAAGCUGAGGACAGUUACGGGAAAUGAGUUCUUGCUGCAGUCCGAGACAGAAUCACUCAUCAGAGAAUGGUACAGAACCAUCCAGAACGUCAUCGACAGACUGGAUAAAGAGAAUCCUCUUGAUAAUGUGCUGCUGUAUUCUCUGAGGAGAGCCGGAUCGGUCGAGAUGUUGGAUCAGAGCGGAGACGAGGAUGAAAAUCGCAGCGGAAACAAGGCGUCGCUCCCUCGUUCCACGUCUUACCUGGAAAACUCGGAGCACAAGCGAGUAAAGAGCCGCUUGAAGAAGCUGAUUCUCAGGAGGCCUCCGCUGCAGACGCUGCAGGAGAAAGGACUCAUUAAAGAUCAGGUGUUCGGCUGCGGGCUGGAGCUGCUGUGUGAGCGGGAGAAGAGCACCGUCCCUCAGUUUGUCAGGAAAUGCACCGACGCUGUGGAGAGGAGAGGUUUGGACACUGAUGGGAUUUACAGAGUCAGCGGAAAUUUGGCCGUCAUUCAGAAACUGCGCUUUGCUGUCAAUCAUGAGCGAGCCGUGACCACAGACGGACGCUAUCUUUUCCCUGAGGAUUUAGUUCAAGAGCGUCUGGAUCUGGACGACCCGCAGUGGGAGGACAUUCACGUCAUCACCGGAGCGCUCAAGCUGUUCUUCAGAGAGCUGCCCGAGCCGCUCGUCCCGUACGGAUUCUUCCACGACGUCGUCGAGACCGUCAAAAUACCUGAUUACCUGGAAAAGGUGGACAGACUGAAGCUGCUGGUCAUCAGCAUGCCUCCGCCCAACCACAACACCUUAAGACACAUGAUACAACACCUCAGACGGGUGAUGGAGUGCUCCGACAGCAACCGCAUGACGACCCAGAACAUCGGCAUCGUGUUCGGCCCCACGCUGAUGCGUCCGGAGAACGAGAGCGGAAACAUGGCCAUUAACAUGGUGUAUCAGAACCAGGCCAUCGAGCUGCUGCUGAGCGAAUACGAGCAGAUCUUCGGAGCCGAGCAGACGGGAUCUUACUAAAUCUUACUGGGACAGCAGCACGGUUCUGGAGACGGUGCCGACGCUCUCGCCGGACGGACUCGUGCUGCCCAGUGAAAGAUCUGCUUCAUUAGUCCAUAAACUCAUCAGAUAUAUGAGAGGAGUUUAUGAAUGGAUGGAUCUCAUGAAAACACGACCGGGUCACAUUUCAGCUCGCAUGACGAAAAUAAUAACAGAAAAGAGGAAAUUAUUUUUUGCAGAGAGAAAAUGAAUCGUUUGGAUCAUUAAGAUAGCAUAAUGAUAUUAUUUUAUUAUUAAUUAAACACAUUUUCAACACAAAUUCUCAAAGCAUCCAGACAUUAUAAUUAUUCAUAAUUAUUUUAAGUUAUAAAAAAUGUCAAUGAAGUUUUUGCAUGAAGAAAAUACAUUUUUAGGAUUAUUAAGAUAACGGUAUGGUAUUAUUUUAAUCAGAAUUAAACACAUUUUGCUAUAAAUGUUUAAAGCAUCCAGACCUUGUAUUUUUGAAAUUCUUUUUUUCAAUACUAAUUGAAAUUUUUAUUGAAUUUAGUAAUAGCUAUCUUAAGUUCUAAAAAAUGGAAAUGAUAUUUUGCAUGAUGAAAACAGCUUUUGGGAUCAUUAAGAUAACUGAUAUAUAUAUAUACAUUUUUGCCAUAAAUUUUCAAAGCAUCCAGACAUUUUACAUGUUUAAAUUUUAUUUGACAGUAAUCAUUCUUUUAAGUUCUAAAACAAAUCUGAAUUAUAUUUCAAAUAAUUUUUUUAGGUUAACAUUAUGACAUUGUUUUAAUGGCAGUUAAACAUAUUUUCACCAUCAAUUUUCAAAGCAUCCAGGCAUUUAGUUUUAUUUUAUUUUAUUUUAUUUAUUUAUUUUUUGAUGGUAAUAUUUUUUUAAGUUCUAAAAAUAUAAAUUGCAUUAAAUUUUAAGGGUUUUUUAGUUAACAUUAUGAUAUUAUUCUAUAUAUCAUAUAUCAUUUUUGCCAUAAAGUCUCCAAGCAUCCAGACUUUUUAUUUCAUUUAUUUAUUUAGAUUGUAAUAAUGUUUUUACGUUCUAAAAAACAUCAAUUAUAUUCUGCAAAAAUAUAUAUAUUUUAAAGGUUUUUAAGUUAACAUUAUGAUAUUAUAUUAAUGACUAUCAAACACAUUUUUACCAUAAAGUCUCCAAGCAUCCAGACGUUUUUUAACAGUAAUAAUAGUAAGUAAUAAAAACAGUAAUAAAAAUAAAAGGUUUUAAGCUAUUGUAUUACAAAAAUAAUAGUAAUAGUAAUAAAACAAUAAUGCAAAUUAAUUAUAAAUUAUGACUAAUAGUAAUAGUAAUAGUCAUCUUUAUGCAAAAAUAUAACUUUUUUCGUUGUUGGUGGACCUGGUGGUUUUUGUGAGAUUCACUCAAGCUUAUAUGUGUGUGUGUGUGUGUGUGUGUGUGAGAGAUGCGUCUUUCAACUCUUCAGAUUUCAUCCCUAGUGCCUUUUAACUGUUUUUAUGUCAAAUGAUUCCUCGCUCGGAGCUCGUGCAGAUUUAAUGCAGAAAAACACAAAAGACAAAGCGGCAUCAAAUAAAGGCGUACGUGUCACUCAAUAAUCAUAAGAUCAGCGCAGGUCAAGCGGUUCAGCCAUUUAGUCGCCUUUUAAUGGAGAAAUAAAACUGGAUGCAAUUCUCUCCAAAAUGUACGUAAUUCCCUUUCCAUUGUUCCAAUGAGUGUGUGUGUGUGUGUGUGUGUGUGAGAUAGAGGAAGUUCAGAGGUGUGUGUGUGUGUGUGUGUGCCAGUCUGAGCGCGGGUGGAGCUCUUUGCUGCCAUUUCUCCAAAACUCUGCUUUUAAUAACAGAACAAAAGAGGAACUAAAAAUGCAUAUGUUUAAAAAAUGUGCAUCCCCCUCCCGCCCCACGCCGUGGUUUGGUAAUUUUAUAUGGACUGUGGCUUUGGCUCGCGACUAAAAGAGCCGGGCAGAAGAAAAAGCACCGGGAACGCGUACACACGUUUUAAUGUUCGAUUUUAUAUAUUUAUUCAUUUUUAUUUUCUUAUUAUUUCAAUUCCACGAGGGGCCGCAAAGAAGGUUUCCAGGGGAGAAGAGGAACAGAGAGGACCGAUGUUCUAAUAUGCCUCUUCGUUUCUGACAUCGACGGAAGGCACGCGUUAUUACGAACCUUCAGGGCCUGUUUACUGACUCAGAAUAAGACGUCUGAAGGACAGUUCGACUGAAAAUGAUCAUUUUGUCUUUUACUCACCUUCAUGUCCCUCCAAACCUUCUGUCGAACAUUUUCAUGUGGCUCCUAAAAGGAAGAAGAAACAGAAUUUACUCAGUGGAAAUAUUCUGUCUGUCACUGUAUUGAAAGCAGGCGUGUGAAUGUUGUGCUAAACUUCUCGUUUUGUGUUCAUUCAGAAGAAAGAGAGAGAAUCGGGCUCGUGGACGUACGUGAUUCAUCGUCUGACUCUGUUUCUGACACUUUCCUACACUCGCUCGAUAUUUUAUUUUAAUAUGAGAGCUCUCAGUUUUGUGCGAAUGUUUCCUUUUGGUAAUGUGUCUAUGAUGAAGACGACUAGUCAUAAAACAUCCGUUCCUCAGACCACAUCCAUAGCCAGAGUGACUUGCUUUUUUUCUCCCUUGAAAUUCUGCAUUUCAGAAUUAUGACAAUAAAAACAGAAAACCUGUUUGGAAAGAG